CUCGCAGAGAGGGUGCGAGAGAGGAGCGACGGAAACAUAAUUCGGUGUGCCCCUGGACCAAACGAUCGGCCCGAUUAGUUUGCCGGUUCGCUCAGAUCGCGGAACGCGGGAUCGUCGACGCGAUCCUUUCGUACAAGUGACGAUUUACGAUUUUUAAUUCGUCCUUCGAGUCGACUCCACCGCGCGUCCACGGGAGAGCACGUCGUCGGACAGGAUCGUCGCAGUCGUCCAUCGUCGACGACCGUCCUGGAUAGGAAACGGAAGAAGAGCGCCGACAUGUCGGCCUUGAGCACCGGGCCCUGUCGACCCGGGAUUAUACUCUGUCUGGCUGUUCUACUGGCAUCGCAAUCCAAUUCUGCGCCCGUAUACGACCAGGAUACCACACAAGUAGCAGAAUACGAUGGAGCCACAGCCGGAUGUUACUACAACUACCAACACUACCAGGAGGGUGAUCGGAUAAUCACGAACGAGCCAUGUCUGAACUGCACGUGUCACAAUCGGAUGUUGAUGUGCUAUCUGAGAGUCUGUCCCUUCACGAAGGCGAUCGGCCAAGACUGCACCGUGGAGAAACGUCCGGAUCAGUGCUGUCCCGUGAUCACCUGUCCAGAGGUACCGGUACAACUGCUCACAUCGACCACCAGUCCACCCGCGAUUGCUGGUGGUUCCACCGCUGUCGGCUUCCACGACAACUAUGGCUGCAACGUUAACGACCGAUUCUACGCCGACGGGGCUCAGUUGCCGAUCGAUCCUCAGAAUCCUUGCGAGCUCUGCUACUGCAUCAGGAACAGGACCACUUGCGUCAUGCAGGAGUGCACCUUGCGUGUGGCUGGGUGCAGGCCAGUUUAUCAACCGGGUGUAUGUUGUCCGGUCAAAUACAACUGCGAAUACGACGAGGAACUUGCAACAACGGUUGAACCAACGCCUGGCCUGAUCAUGACUACCACGAUGGCGCCGAGGACGCAGUGCUACCACGAAGGCAUGAUUUACGAGGACGGUGAUUUGAUUUACUCGACGCAACCCUGUCAACAUUGCUACUGCUUCCACGGUGACAUCGCGUGCGCUGUCCAAGACUGCGGAACGCCCAUGAAAACGCACGGAAAGAACUGCACCGCUCUGCCACCGCCCGAAGGAGAAUGUUGCCCGACGACGUAUCAGUGUGAAGAUGAUGGACACGGCGGAGUGCUCACGUUACCGAAAGGCGAGGAAGAGUCCACCGAGGAACACGUUCCGGAAACCACUGCACCGACCGUGACGGAAGCUGAGAAAGAGACUCCGGUACCUGGAGCGCCCGAGGAGUCCUUCCCAGGCUCUGAUAAUGUUAUUCCUGAAGAUCACAAGGCGGCGACCACUGAGGAGGCGGCGGAAGCUACGGAACAGCCUGCGAAGGAAGCACCGGAAGCGACGGAAGGAAAAGUCACUCCGGAGUCCACGACACAAGGGGUUGUUUCAAAGGAAUACACAACCGAAGUCAGUGAAUCAGUAACGGAACCAGCGGUCAAACUGACGGAACCUCCUCGGGAGGCUGAAGCUACCGAGGCACCGGUCGGCGAAGAAAAGGAGAUGGUCACUAAACCGGAAGAGGAAGUUACUCAAGCAGCCACCGAACCGUCGAUUGUUGAAGAAGUCCCAGAGUCGACUUCGCCGAAAGAGACUCAACCUGAGGAAGAGACUACGGCAGAGGAGGAAAAAGAGAUGGUUACCAAAGCAGUGCUAGAGGAGGAACAAACUGAGGGAACACCGCAGAAGGAACAGCCUGAACUGCCGAGCACGGAGAAACCGGGAGAAGAGAAGGUAACGGAAGGUGUCAGUGCUUUAGAACCUGAAGCUACAGAAGCUACCGUACCUAAAGAGCAACCAGAAGUAACUGAGAAAGCACCGGUUGAACCACCGGUUCCUGAAGCAACUACGCUUAAGAGCGUGGAAGAACAAACAACGGAGGCGAAAGAAGCGGAAACACCAGAGGUAGUUGCGGAAGAAGAACAGAAAGCGACGACGAUGGCUCCGGUCGAAGAAGAAACCGAAAAGGCUGCGACACCUGAAGUAGCUACCGAGAAACCUGUCCACGAAAUUCCGAGCACGGAACAAGUUCCUGUCGAGGAAGAGAAGAAACCGGAAGUUAGCACAGAAGCCACAGAAGCUCAGGGAACUACCGAAGGUGCUGUCGAAGAGAAACCAGAAACACCGGUACACAGGCUUCCUGAAGAGAUGCCUAGCCUGGCUCCGAAGAGGGACGAUACUAUUCCGGAAGAAGAAAUGCCUAUGAUGACGGAGAAGCCUUACGUAGUGGAAGGACAUCCUGAAAUUGCGGAACAAGGACCAACUGGUAUUCCUGUGCCCUCCGUAACGGACCGAGUGCACGAAAGCAAGGCAGAGGACCAGGAAGCGGUGACUGAAGCUCAUGUGACCCAAGGCUAUGUCGACAUGAAGCCUCCAGAGUUCCAUGUGCCGAGCAGUCUCGUUACGGAAGCUCCUCAGAAAACGCCCACGACGUAUCUUCCUCCUGAGACGACGAUAGCUCCAAAGGAAGCGGAAACAACACCCGAGGAAGGAAUCGAACAUCGAAUUCCGGAAGAGCCUUCUGCUACCGAAGCUCCUGUAGAGCAGGAGACCGAAGGUGUUCCACAGGUGACCGAAGGUGUUCCAUCGGUGACCGAAGCUGGUGAAGUUCCGAGCGAGAAGGGAACCGAGGGUCCUCAGGUUACCGAAGCUGUUCCAGAGGUCUCGAUAUCGACGCAGGAAGCUCCACAGGAACAGACUCAACAGACCGAGAAACCGGCGCCUGAAGAGGAAAGUACCGAGGUCUCAUCGGCAGAAGUUACUCCAUCGACGGAAACUUCGGAAGAGAUGCCAACGAAGCAUCUCACCUUUGAUGAUUCUGCGGAAACCUCCUCCGAGGAAGGCAGUUCCGAGUCCACCGAAGAAACAGUUCCUACUAAACCAGCUGAGGAAGUAGAAAAGGAAUCUGAAAAACCAUCAGAGGCACCCGCUGAAGAAGCAACGGAACCGGCUGUCGAAGAGCAGACGGAAAAAGCAACAACCGAAGGUGUCCUCUCGACGGAAGCUCCACGCACUGAAGCAGCAGCGACGGAGAUCAGCGCAGUUCCGGAGGAGAAACCUGCGACGGAAAGGGAACCGGUUACCGAAGAGGAGAAACAAGUUACGGCUGAACCAGAAGAAAAGAUUAAGACGGAAGGACCCGAAGAACAGGUGACCGAAAGACCGAUCGAAGAGCAAACUCCGGUGACGGCUAAGGCAGGUGAAGAAGCAAGCACCCAACUUCCGGAAGAAGAAGCGAGCGAGAAACCAAGUGUGGAGGAAGCUCCAAAAGAGGCGACUACACCGGAAGCUGAGAUUUCGGUACCUGAAGCAGAAAGCGAAAGACCAAUGGUCGAGGUUCAACCGACGGUGCCUUCGGAAGAAACCAGAUCCACGGAACAACCCGCUGUUGAGCAAACUGAAGCUCCAGUGAGCAAAGAGGUAUCUACUGAAGGAGUACCGGAAGAGCAGAAGGCGGAAGAACCGACUGGUGUGAAGGAAGGAACCGAACAACCUGUAACUGAAUUGCCAUUAACGGAGAAAGCGAUUACCGAAGCGGAAGCAGGAAAAGAAGAGCGUAAAGAGGACGAAGGAUUAGUUACAGAGAGACUGCCUGAAGGACCAGAAGAAAUGCCAGGCACUCAGAGGCCGUCUCUUGAAGAAGAGAAGCCAACUGAAGAGCCUGCGGAAGCUACUGCAGCGCCUGUUGAGGAACACGCAACGGAAGCACCUAGCGAAGAGAAGAAACCUACGGAGGAAGUGUCGACCGAAGGACCAACUGAGGAAGAAAAACCUGCAGAACCGGAGCAACCUGUAACUCCGGUUGAAGAACAAAAACCUGUGGAGGAAGUAUCGACUGAAAUGCCUGUAGAGAAGGAACAACCAACGGAAGUACCUGCUGAGAAAGAGAAACCGGAGGAGGAAGCGAAACCAACGGAAGUACCUGCUGAGGAAGAGAAGCCUGAGGAGGAAGCUAAAGCAACGGAAGCACCUGCUGAGGAAGAGAAACCUGAGGAAGAAGUAAAAUCGACUGAGGCACCUGCUGAGGAGAAACCUGAGGAGGAAGCUAAAGCAACUGAAGCACCUGUUGAAGAAGAGAAACCUGAGGUACAACCGACUGAAGCACCUGUUGAAGAAGAGAAACCUGAGGUACAACCGACUGAAGCACCUGUUGAAGAAGAGAAACCUGAGGUACAACCGACUGAAGCACCUGUUGAAGAAGAGAAACCUGAGGUACAACCGACUGAAGCACCUGUUGAAGAAGAGAAACCUGAGGUACAACCGACUGAAGCACCUGUUGAAGAAGAGAAACCUGAGGUACAACCGACUGAAGCACCUGUUGAAGAAGAGAAACCUGAGGUACAACCGACUGAAGCACCUGUUGAAGAAGAGAAACCUGAGGUACAACCGACUGAAGCACCUGUUGAAGAAGAGAAACCUGAGGUACAACCGACUGAAGCACCUGUUGAAGAAGAGAAACCUGAGGUACAACCGACUGAAGCACCUGUUGAAGAAGAGAAACCUGAGGUACAACCGACUGAAGCACCUGUUGAAGAAGAGAAACCUACGGAGGAAGUGCAACCAACUGAAGGACCUGUUGAAGAAGAGAAACCUCAGGAAAAAGUAAAACCAACUGAAGCACCGGUUGAAGAAGAGAAACCUGAGGAAGAAGUAAAAUCGACUGAGGCACCUGCUGAGGAGAAACCUGAGGAGGAAGCUAAAGCAACUGAAGCACCUGCUGAGGAGAAACCUGAGGAGGAGGUAAAAUCAACGGAAGCUCCGGCUGAGGAAAUGAAACCUGAAGAGGAAGUGAAACCAACUGAAGUACCUGUUGAAGAGGAGAAACCUCAGGAAGAGGUAAAACCAACUGAAAUGCCUGUUGAAGAAGAGAAACCACAAGAAGAGGUCAAACCUACCGAAGCGCCUGCUGAGGAAGAGAAACCUGAGGUUGAAGUACAACCAACUGAAGCACCUGCUGAAGAAGAGAAACCUGAGGAAGAAGCUAAAGCAACUGAAGCACCUGUUGAAGAAGAAAAACCUCAGGAAGAAGUGAAACCAACUGGAGUACCUGCUGAAGAGAAGCCUGAGGUGGAAGUGCAAGCAACUGAAGCACCUGUUGAAGAAGAGAAACCUGAGGUACAACCGACUGAAGCACCUGUUGAAGAAGAGAAACCUACGGAGGAAGUGCAACCAACUGAAGGACCUGUUGAAGAAGAGAAACCUCAGGAAAAAGUAAAACCAACUGAAGCACCUGCUGAAGAAGAGAAACCUGAGGAAGAAGCUAAAGCAACUGAAGCACCUGUUGAAGAAGAGAAACCUGAGGUACAACCGACUGAAGCACCUGUUGAAGAAGAGAAACCUGAGGUACAACCGACUGAAGCACCUGUUGAAGAAGAGAAACCUGAGGUACAACCGACUGAAGCACCUGUUGAAGAAGAGAAACCUGAGGUACAACCGACUGAAGCACCUGUUGAAGAAGAGAAACCUGAGGUACAACCGACUGAAGCACCUGUUGAAGAAGAGAAACCUGAGGUACAACCGACUGAAGCACCUGUUGAAGAAGAGAAACCUGAGGUACAACCGACUGAAGCACCUGUUGAAGAAGAGAAACCUGAGGUACAACCGACUGAAGCACCUGUUGAAGAAGAGAAACCUGAGGUACAACCGACUGAAGCACCUGUUGAAGAAGAGAAACCUGAGGUACAACCGACUGAAGCACCUGUUGAAGAAGAGAAACCUGAGGUACAACCGACUGAAGCACCUGUUGAAGAAGAGAAACCUGAGGUACAACCGACUGAAGCACCUGUUGAAGAAGAGAAACCUACGGAGGAAGUGCAACCAACUGAAGGACCUGUUGAAGAAGAGAAACCUCAGGAAAAAGUAAAACCAACUGAAGCACCUGCUGAAGAGAAACCUGAGGUAGGAGUACAGCCAACGGAAGGACCUACUGAGGAAGAAAAACCAGUAGCGGAAGUACAACCAACUGAAGCGCCUGCUGAAGAAGAGAAGCCUGCAGUUGAAGUACAACCAACAGAAAGUCCUGCUGAGGAAGAAAAACCAGUAGUGGAAGAGAAAGCAACUGAGGCUCCUGUGGAGGAAGAGAAACCCAUUGAAGAGAAGAAAAUAACUGAAGGUCCUACUGAAGAAGAAAAGCCUACUGAAGGUCUCUCUGAAGUGGAAAAGACAACUGUGGGUCCCACUGAAGAAGAGAAACCGACGGAAGGUCCUUCUGAAGAAGAAAAGCCGACCGUAGGUCCUACUGAGGAGAAGCCAACUGAAGGUCCUACUGAGGAGAAGCCAACUGAAGGUCCUUCUGAAGAGGAAAAACCAAGUGAGAAACCAACAGAAUUAGAAAAGUCGACUGAAAAGCCUCUAGAGGAAGAAAAACCAACUGAACGAACUGUCGAAGAAGAAAAGCCUAUCGAAGAAGAGAAGCCAACCGAAGGUCCUGCUGCAGAGGAGAAGCCAACGGAGGAACAGAAACCAAUCGAAGAAGAGAAACCUGCUGAGGAGGUAACCGGAAAACCUGUAGAGGAAGAGAAACCUGUUAAGGAGGUGACUGGAUUACCUGCUGAGGUAACUGGAAAGCCUGUAGAAGAAGAGAAACCAACUGAAGCAGGAAUUCCUGAGGAAGGAGUACAAACUCAGGUACCUGUCGAGGAACAGAAACCGGAAGAAAAGCCGACCGAGGCGCCAAGCGAAGAACAGACACCGACCGAAGGAGCUGCCGAAGAGAAACCAACGGAGAAACCUGUAGAGGAAGAAAAACCAAGCGAAACGACACCUCAAGAACCCGUACCCGUAGAAAUUUCAACCGAAGCACCUGUAGUUGAGAAGAAACCAACCGAACGAGCUGAGACUGUACCCACGGAGACGCCCAGCGAAGAAGAAACUGUUCCAUCUGUUCCUAAAGAACGGCCCGAAAUUCCGAAAGAAACAGAAGCUUCGACCGUCACUGCCGAAGAAGUCGCACCUACAGAAGAAGCGAAAACAGAGAGUGCUGUGCCGCAAGAAAUAUCGACCGAAGCUCCCGCAGUCCCCGAACCUACCACAGUGCCUUCUAAAUUAGCUCCAGAACAACCAGAAGUGUUGCCUGAGGGAAGCGAGAAACCAGAAGUUGAAGCAUCAACAGCAGCAGUACCCAGAGAAGAAAUCGAGAAGAUGGAAACUGCAGCACCCGAAAUGGGUGUCAGCCCCGAGGCACCUGAAGUGUCUUCCACUCAGCCCACAGUCUCCGAAACUACGGCACUUCCUCGAGAAACAGAAUUGCCAGAGGAAGAGCAAAAGAUCACGCCUCCAGAAGAAGCAGCGACGAAAGUAACUGUACCGACGGAAGAAGCCACGCAAGCUCCUCAGGAAAAAGAACCAGAACCAACUAUAGAGGAGAAGAUCGCUGAACCAUCGACUGCACAGCCACCCAAGGAGGAAGAACUUCCAGAAACCACCCCACACGCAGAGGUACCGAAAGCGACCACCGAACAGGCUGUCGAACAGACCACCGUGGCUGAAGAAGAAACGACACCAGGAGUUCGUGUACCGCCGUCGAUUCCAGGAGAAGGCAACUGCCUGGUCGAAGGACAAUCUUACAGCAACAAUUCCGCCGUGCCUCCUUCCAACGCCUGCCAACUCCGUUGUCAGUGUAUCAGCAGCAUCAUUCAGUGCGACCUCGUUCAAUGUCCACCACCACCGAGUCAUCUGUCGAACUGCAUGCCCGUGCACGCGGGCAAGGACUCCUGCUGCCCGAUGUACACCUGCGACUCGACACCCACGGCCGUGCUGGAAUCUGACAACCACAUGAUCGAACAGGAAACGCCGAAGUAUGAACCGGAAGAGAAAGAACAGAAGACUGUGUCGCCUCCGGUUACCGAGGUCCCAGAGAAGGAGUCUACGAUGGAACCUGUUGAAGGAGUUAAAGAACCAACGAGCGCAGCCCCUGAAGUGCCCAGUGAGAAGGAAACCGUUGCACCCAGCUUGGCCGAGGAGACACCAUCGACGCCGAAAUCCGUCGAACCUGAACACGUACAAACGACUACUGCCGGAGAAACUACCAAAGAAGCUGAAGAGCACACGCUUAGCCCGGUGUCUCCGGAGGUAGAGUCUUCUAGUCAAGUUCCUGAAGAGGAGACGAAGGAACCCUCGGAAGUGCCAAGCAAAGAGAAGCCCGAGCAAGAGGUCCCCGAACAACCGGUCGAACCUGAGGAACCAGCGAGUCCAGCUGCCGGUGAAGAACAGAUCGUGACAACGGAAGCCAGUCAGCGAGAACAAACUACCUCUGAGAUUGAAAAGGAGAUCGAACCGUCUACCCUGAAACCGAUAGCACCAACCGAGGAGGAGCAGAAACCUGAAGAGGGUGAACAAGCAACCGUUUCUCCAGCGGUUCCGGAAGAAGGCGUUAGCGAGGAAGCUGUUCCAAGCUCUGAGGCGCCGGAACUUGCUCCAGGAGGACUUCCGUCGGUUACCGAAACCCAGAAGCCGUUAGAGGAGGGAACCACCGUGGAAUCAGUGACACAAGCUGAAGAAGAGAAAGAACCGAAACCAGAAGUGCAACCUGCUGAACCUGAGCAACCAGCAACGGAGGCGGAGUUACAGACUACCGCUCAACCGAGCGAAGCAGAAGCUGAAAGAACAACUCCCGCUGGAGUAGAAACAUCUACUCCUGAACAAAAGAUCUUGGAAGAACCUGCAGUUACUCCCGUGGAACAAGAAACUGUUAAACCAUCGGUAGAAGCUGAACCCACCGAACCGACAGUGAAAGAAGCUUCUACGGAAGCGCCAGUAUCUCCGUCAGAAGAGGUGACUGUACCUGGUGUCACUAAGGAAAAACCGACUGGUACUGAAGCAGUUACGGAAGAAGCUGUGACGGUAAGCAAAGAAGCAGAGACCACGAAGAAACCUCUUGAAGAAGAACAAGUACCGACCGAGCAACCUUUACCGACUGCUGAAGUUGAAGAACAAACCAAAGAAACGCCUGAGGGCACAGUUAAGGCUACCACGGAAGGUAUUGAAGAGCAGACAGAACAACCUGAGAGAUUACCCGAGGUGCCAAGUUCUACGGAAGCCGCAGAAGUCGGUACUGAACAACCAUCGCCAUCUACCGAACCAACAAAAGAGGUUGCAGAAGAACGACCGGUUUCUGAAGAGAAACCUGAAGGUACACCACAACCUGUACCAGAAGAGCAACCGGAAGUCACCACUGCUGCGGAGGUACAAACUCCUGAGGUAUCACCUGCCGAGGAAGCUACACCGUCGGUAAUUGCUGAAGGAACCGAGAGGGCACCUGAAGCGACCACUCUGAAAGCAGUGUCCUUACCCGAGGAGCAAACUGAACCGGCAGUCGAGAAACAGACGGUACCGACCGAAACAACCGAGGAAGUCACUGUUAAGGAGGAACCUGCACAACCGGAACAGCCAACGACGGAACAAGCAACGAGUGCUCCGGUAGAGGAGCCUAAAGCUACAGCGGCGCCUGAAACUCCAGAACAGGUAACGGAGGAGGAACGUGUGACGGAAGGUCUGGAAGUCAGUGCAGGAACGGAACCACCGAGCGAAGUGGAAACUUCUGCACCAUCAGUUCCUGUGGAAGAGCAGAAACCUGAGGAACAAACUCAAACACCGAGCGCGGAAGAGGCUACGCCCGGAUCAACCAAACCAGGUCUCGAAGAAACAACUUCGGCCGGUUCUACGCCAGUUCCUGAAACUACUGAAGAACAGAAACCGGUGACAGAAGGUGUACCCGAAGAGAAAGCAACGACGGUUCCGAGCGAAGUGAGCCCCGAACAGCCUGUUACAGAGAAGAAAUUACCGGAGGAACCUGAAGAGCCACAACAGACAGAGGCACCUUUGGAAGCAGAAACAGGAAAACCGGAAGAAGAAAAGGUAGAAAUUCAAACUACCCCAGCGGCGGAGAUUGAACCUGCUGUGAAAACACCUGCCUCGACCGAAAUGCCGGAGGAAGCACCCAGCGAAACGCCAGAACCUGAACUUCAUGGAGCACCGGAAGAAGGCACGGAGGUACCUGUGAAAGCCACGGAAGUUCCGGAGAAGAUAGCUCCUAGCACAGAAGCGCCAGAAGAAGCAACAGAGAAGGUCACUCCUAAAUUGCCAGAACAAGAGUUAUCAACCGAGGCUCCAGAAGCAGUCACUCCUGCUGAAGAGGUGCCGGAGAAGGUAACUCCUGCGGAAGAGGUGCCGGAGAAGGUAACUCCUGCGGAAGAGGUGCCGGAGAAGGUAACUCCUGCGGAAGAGGUGCCGGAGAAGGUAACUCCUGCGGAAGAGGUGCCGGAGAAGGUAACUCCUGCGGAAGAGGUGCCGGAGAAGGUAACUCCUGCGGAAGAGGUGCCGGAGAAGGUAACUCCUGCGGAAGAGGUGCCGGAGAAGGUAACUCCUGCGGAAGAGGUGCCGGAGAAGGUAACUCCUGCGGAAGAGGUGCCGGAGAAGGUAACUCCUGCGGAAGAGGUGCCGGAGAAGGUAACUCCUGCGGAAGAGGUGCCGGAGAAGGUAACUCCUGCGGAAGAGGUGCCGGAGAAGGUAACUCCUGCCGAAGAGGUAACGGAAGUAACACAUGCCGAAGAAGUAACGGAAGUAACACAUGCCGAAGAAGUAACAGAGAAAGUCACUCCUGUUGAAGAAGUAACAGAGAAAGUAACGCCUGCCGAAGAGGUAACAGAGAAAGUAACUCCCGUCAAAGAGGUACCGGAAGAAGUAACUCCUGCAGAACAAGUAACAGAGAAAGUAACUCCUGUUGAAGAGGUACCAGAGAAGGUGACUCCUGCUGAAGAAGUACCAGAAGAGGUUUCAACCGCAGCACCAGAAAAGGCAACCGAGGCACCAGAGAAAGAGGUUCCUAGCGAAACUCCGGAAGUGAUGGCACCUACCGAGGCACCAGAGAAGGUUGUUCCAGAAGAAGCUACGGAAGUGCCGGUGAAGUCUCUUCCUGAAGAAGGAGAACCUUCCGAGGAGCCAGAGAAGACUACCGAAGAGUCUGAAAAGGUUCUUCCAGAAGAGAAGCCAGUAGAAGAAGAGCAACAAACGGUACCACCCGCAGAAGAGACACCGCAAACUACGGAAGGUAUUCUGAUCAAGGAGCAGACACCGAGCGCGACAGAACCUCCUCAGGUUGAAGAGAAAUCGACAGUGCUUCCAACGACUGGCGAAGAACAGGCAUCUCCGAGCACAUCGGCUCCGGAGCUCGAAGCGACAUCUCCUCGCGAAGAACAGCCUGCGACGGAAGCUGCGACUGUUCCAGAACUGGAAGUUACGACAAAGGCAAGUGAACCGAGCCAACCAGCGGAGACCGAACCUGCACCGGAACAACCCGCCACGGAACCCACGAUCGAAACGUCGACGGAAGCAGAGAAGCAGCCAGAAACCGAGAGCACUCCUGAAAAAGAGCAAACGGUUCCAUCUACGGAAGCGCCUCUGGAGAAGAGCACCGAACCAGCGCUACCCGAAGAACACAAGGAAGAAGGUACUUCGAUGAAACCCGAAGAAGAAGCUCCUCAACCCGUCGAACCUGUCGAGGAAGAUCUCGCCACGAAAACUGAAGGACUUCCAACAGAAGUCAGCCCCGGGGAAUCCGCGGAAGAACCGGAAGAAGAACACGAAGCCGUGUCACCGGAAACUGUUCCCACAACCGAAGAGGGUGAACUCGAAGAACACCUUCAACCGGUGAAUCAGACCGAGACUACCGAGAAACCCGUACAACCUACUCUAUACGAACGACCUUCGAGUACCGCGGUCCCACAGACUCCAGAAUACCCAGAACCGUCGGUACCCGAAGAAGAACACCCAGGCUUCCCACCGCAAGACGAAGACUACGACGAAGACGAUCAAGCGAUCUACGGACCAGGCACCUGUCGAUACGGUGGCAAGGUCUACGUGUCGGCUCAACAGAUACCCAGAGACGAUCCUUGCGACUUCUGCUUCUGCUUCAGAAGCGACAUCAUCUGUCUCCAACAGAGUUGUCCACCGCCCAUCCCAGGCUGCCACGAAGAACCCAUCAGCGGCUUCUGUUGCCCGAGAUACGAGUGCCCGGUUUCGAUGGCCACGUCGCUCAACAUCACCACGACAACAACGACUACCACGACCACGUUGCCGCCACACUUCCACGCUCAUGCGUAUAAAGGAGCCGCGAAACGAAGCGGCUGCCAAAUCCGUGGACAAGCGUACCGCGUUGGAGAAAUCAUUAGGUCCGCGUCGGGACCUUGUCUUCAAUGCACUUGCGGAGGAGACGGUAACAUGAAGUGUGAUCCACGAGUGUGCAGCCCGGAACCAAUGUUGAGGCAAAUGAUCGCGGCAGCCACGGCCAGAAGAAGGAGAUGAGCCAGCCAAUUCGAUCCCAGGGAUCCGACAAACAAAUUUCCACGCGAUACGGAGUCUAGAGCAGGAUCAGUGUUGUAUAAAAGUGAAUUAAAAAUAUUCUAAACUAUCGAAAUGUCGCGGAACACAGACUGUA